AUGACGACAGCCACACCUCGCCCCUUUAUCACACCAACCAAGGUCGCGCUCUUCAUCACCUCGUCCCGGCCCUUUCCGGACGAAUGGGUGCAAAGUCAGUGCGAAAUAGCAGAGCGAUCCGCAAUAAGUGGAGACGGUCUCGACCUGGAACUGCAUCUCGAAGUGAUCAAGGGCAACUUCGAGGGCUGGACGCCCUUCAGGCUUGCACGCGACUACGUGUAUCCUAGGCUUUUCGAAGAGCAAACAACAUUCGCUUUUGUAUCCUUUGUCGUUCUUGACGACAAGUCGCACGAGGACAAACAGUUGAUGAUUGUCGGCGUCCAUCCGGACUCUUUUAAAGGAGCGCCACUCGAAAUUGAAGCCACGAGCCGAAUGGAAGCGGAUUAUGCCAUUGAUUUGCCUCUCACCUUUCACUACGGCCAUCAAGCCAUCACAUCGUAUCCUUGUGAUCCCUACGACAAUGAAGCAGAGCGAAACGCCGCCUGA